AACGCCUCGCCUCCCACCCCACCCCGUCUCCCUCCCUCUCCCCGCCACCACCACCACUCCUCCAGCAAGCGGGACCGGACAGGACAGGACAGGACAGGACAGCAAUGGGAGCGGAGAAGCCGAGCAGCGGAGAGGAGCGGGGCAAGGACGCGGAGGCUGCCCGGCGGCAGGGCGGCGCGGCGGGGGACAAGGGCAAGGGCAAGGCGGGCCGGGACAGCAGGGACAGGGAGCCAGACCCGCACAAAUGCUGCGGCUGCCGCUUCCCGCUACUCGUCGCCCUGGCACAACUGCUGCUGGCCAUCACCAUCACCGUGCUCGCCUUCAUCAUGAUGACCCUCAGCUCCUCCUUGCUGACCAGAGACACCCCUUACUGGGUCGGCAUCAUUAUGUGCGUGGCUGCGUUGCUUGGGCUGUACAUAUUCUGCGUUACGUACGAGAUCGAUGAACAGACGGUUCGCCAGUUUAUAGUGAAGCUGGUGUACUUCCUGCUCUGCACCCUGGGCCUGAUCCUCAGCGUCUCAGCCGUGGCCUUCGCUGGAGACCACUUGAAUCAGAUGAGCGGCUUCAGCUGCCACAUGGAGCCGGACCACUGCGCCUGCACCCAGGACCCCGAGGAUGAGAUCGCCCGCGCCUUCCUCUACCGCGACGUCUCCGACUGCGAGGUGGUGACCGGCACCGUCAGGCUCUUCCUGCUGCUGCAGGUGGUCCUCAACCUGGUGCUGGCCCUGGUCUGCCUGCUGGGCUGCUACCUGAUGUGGAAGCACAGGUACCAGGUGUUCUUCGCCGGCCUCCACUUCCACCCCUUCAAGAGCCCCACUCAAAAGCCGCAGAAGGUCUAGUUUCCAACGUCUGCUGCAGACAAUGCAUUUCGUUGUCUCUGUACUGUACACUGACAAUGACAAUUAAAAUUGAAUCUGAAUCUAAGGCAUUGCUCCCAAUAUUAAAGGUGGACAAAAAUGCUGGAGAAACUCAGUGGGUGAGGCAGCUUCAAUGGAGCGAAGGAAAUAGGCAACGUUUCGGGCCGAAAACCCUUCUAGGGAGCAAAGGAAAUAGGCAACGUUUCGGACCAUAACCCUUCUAUGGAGGGAAGGAAAUAGGCAACGUUUCGGGCCGAAACCCUUCUAGGGAGCGAAGGAAAUAAGCAACAUUUCGGACCAUAACCCUUCUAUUGAGCGAAGGAAAUAGGCAACGUUUCGGGCCGAAACCCUUCAGGGUUUCGGCCCGAAACGUUACCUAUUUCCAUCCCUCCAUAGAAGCUGCCUGCACCCGCUGAGUUUCACCAGCAUUUUUCAUCCACCUUCGAUUUUCCAGCAUCUGCAGUUCCCUUUGUGACCACUCCCAAGCCUUUCACAACGCAAGGCCCGGUGCUUACAGAGGGGGCUGUGAGAACGUGUUUCUUACGCAAGAACGCGUGCGGCGAGGAAGCACAGAUCCAAGUGGGCACAAGGAACUGCGGAUGCUGGUUUAUGGGGAAACUCCCCCCCUCCCCUCCCCUCCCCACACACACAAAGUGCUGGAGUAACUCAGCGGGUCAGGCAGCAUUCCCGGAGAGCCAUGGAUAGGCGACGUUUCAGGGUUGGGCCUGAAGAAAGACCCCGUGCUGGAAAAGUCGCCUAUCCGUGAUCUCCAGACGUGUUCCCUGGCCCACUGAGUUAAGGGCCUGUCCCACUUGCGUGUCGUUUACGCGACAUCAUAUACGCGUCACGCACGGUGCAUAUUACACGCGCAUGGUGCCUGGUGACGUAGGCAGUGACGCGCGGUCUCGAGCGGCGCCCCAGGAUUUUGGGACGUACAAGAUCUUCUCCCGCCACCCGCGUGACGCGCCAAUAACGCCCUAGUGAGACAUGCCCUCAACUCCAGCACGUUGCGCCAUUCAGAACGUGGAUAGGCGAUGUUUCGGGUGGGGACUGGAGAAGGGUCUCGACCUGAAAGGUCAUCUAUUCACGUUCUCCACAGCUGCUGCCCGACCGCUGAGUCACUCCAGCACUUUGUAGUUUUUUUAAACUUACAGAGUGAUAUUCUUGCAGGCGUGUCCGAACACUAUCGUAGGCUGCCUUUUAACACUGUUGUAUGUCUGGGCAACAACUAACAAACUACACUUUGCUCUCAGUAAAACCCCGUGAGAAUUUUUAAACACACUAAAAAUAAAAGGUUACACUGUGUAUGAAGGAACUGCAGGUGCUGGUUUAAACCGAAGUGUCAAGACCCUAAACGUCACCCAUUCCUUCUCUCCAGAGCUGCUGCCUGUCUCGCUGAGUUAUUCCAGCCAGCUGUUUGUGGCCGUCAAAGAUUAAAUUGUAAGUUGUUAACUAAUGAAGAGUUUAAAUGCAGACUAUUCAAAACUGCAGAUGAUGGCAUCUUGUGCAUAAAACAAAGUGCUGGAAGAACUUAGCAACAGGGGUGUAAAUGGACAGGCGAUGUUUCGGGUCAGGACUCUAGUUUAGAGAUAGAGCGUAGAAAUAGAGUCAUCAGCCCAAAGUCGGUGCUGACCAGCGAUCUCCCAUACACGAGGUCUGUCCUACACACUCGGGACAAUUUUACAAGCCAAUUAAGUCACAAGCCUGCACGUCUUUGGAGUGUGGGAAGAAUCCUGGGGCACCCGGAGGAAACCCACGCAGGCACAGGGAGAACGUGCAAACUCCGUACAUGUUAUAAUCUCUGCCUUUCAUCUUGCCGAGUGCCUUGACAGAGGUCCGGGGAACUCACGCACGCACCCACGCACAAACAAACACAUAGACACAUAAACACACAAGCACGCACACACAAACACGCACACACAAACACACACAUAGACACAUAAACACACACGCACACAUACACAAACACGCACAGACACAUAAACACAUACAC